AUGAAGGCCAAUUACCAGUUCUCCAACCUCUGCGGGACGGUCUACCGCCAAGGCAACGUUGUAUUCACGCCGGAUGGGAACUCAGUUUUGAGCCCUGUGGGGAACAGGGUCUCGGUUUUUGAUUUGGUCAACAACAAGUCGUCUACUUUCGCCUUUGAAAACCGGAAGAACAUAGCGGUUAUUGCUCUCAGCCCCGAUGCGAAAGUACUCAUCAGCGUGGACGAAGACGGCCGCGCUCUCCUCGUCAAUUUCCGCCGCGGAGUCGUCCUGCAUCACUUCAGCUUCAAAAAACCCGUCAAAGACAUCAAAUUCUCCCCCGACGGGAAAUUCAUCGCCGUCACACACGGCGCGCACGUUCAGGUGUGGAACACGCCGAAUCAUCUAGUACGCGAGUUUGCGCCGUUUGUGCUGCAUAGGACGUAUACGGGGCAUCAUGAUGAGGUUUUGAGUAUUGAGUGGAGUGCGGAUUCAAAAUGUUUCAUUACGACGAGUAGGGAUAUGACGGCCAGGCUUUUCACGCUACAUCCUGUUGAAGGGUUCAGGCCGAAGACGUUCGCUGGCCACAAGGAGGCAGUCGUGGCCGCUUACUUUUCCAGCGACUCGAAGACGAUCUAUACCGUCAGUCGCGACGGUGCUGUCUUUACCUGGAACGCCAAACCCUCCGAAGGCCCGUCCGACUCCGAGUCAGACUCAGACAUGAACGAUGCGCCCGUAGCGUCUACUUCCACCACUCCAUCGAAUACGAUAGCCGAGACACGCUGGGGCAUCGCCAAACGCAACUACUUCAACCUCCCACACACAAAAGUCACCAGCAGCACCUUCCACCACGCCUCCUCGCUGCUCAUCAUCGGUUUCUCCUCCGGCCUCUUCGGCCUGUACGAAAUGCCCGCCUUCUCCAACAUCCACACCCUCUCCAUCUCUCAAGAAAAAAUCUCGUCCGUCGCGGUGAACGCGUCGGGCGAAUGGCUCGCCUUUGGUGCGCGCAAGCUCGGGCAGCUCCUCGUCUGGGAAUGGAUGAGCGAGAGCUACGUAUUGAAGCAGCAGGGGCAUUAUUUCGACAUGAACGCCGUGGCGUGGGAGAGGGACGGGAGGUUCGUCGCGACUGGGGGAGAUGACGGGAAAGUCAAGCUCUGGGACACCGGCAGCGGGUUCUGCGUUAUCACCUUCGCGCAACAUACCGCGGCGGUAUCGGCGGUCCAGUUCGCCGCGCAGGGACAGGUGCUGUUUUCCGCCUCGUUGGACGGGACGGUGCGCGCGUUCGACCUCGUGCGGUAUCGGAACUUCAGGACCUUCACCUCGCCGAACCCGGUCCAGUUCUCGUGUCUCGCCGUCGAUCCGAGCGGAGAAGUCGUCGCGGCCGGCUCUGCGGACUCGUUCGAGGUGUUCCUGUGGAGCGUGCAGACCGGGAAGCUGUUGGACGUGUUAUCGGGGCACGAGGGACCCGUCUCGACGCUCGCGUUCUCGCCGACGACGAACGUGCUGGCGAGCGGCUCGUGGGAUAAGACGGUGAGGGUGUGGAACGUGUUCGGCCGUUCGAAUGCGGUGGAGCCGUUCCAGCUUAGUGCGGACGUGCUCGCGCUCGCGUUCAGGCCGGAUGGGCAGGAACUGGUGGUGACGACGCUGGACGGACAGCUCACGUUCUUUUCGACGAACAUCUCGCAGCAGACGAAUGUGAUUGAGGGGAGGAAGGAUGUGGCGGGGGGGAGGAAGGCGGACGAUAGGAUGGCGGCGACGAAUUCGAGCUCCGGGAAGGCGUUCAAUAGCGUUGCGUAUUCGGCGGACGGGUCGUGUGUCCUCGCGGGCGGGAACUCGAAGUACGUCGUCCUGUACGACGCGAGGGAAGGCGUGCUCCUCAAGCGGUGGCAGAUCUCGGAGAACCUCAGUCUGGACGGGACGGAGGAGUUUUUGGAUUCGAGGAAGGUGAACGAUGCGGGGGUGAAUACGGAUCUGAUCGAUGGAAGGGGAGAGGAGUCGGAUUUGGAGGAUAGGAUGGAUACGAGCUUGCCUGGGGCGCAGAGGGGCGAUUUGAGCAAAAGGAGGUAUAGGCAGGAGGCGAGGACGAAGUGUGUGAGGUUUUCGCCGACGGGGAGGGCGUGGGCAGCUGCGUCGACGGAGGGACUGCUCGUUUAUUCGUUGGACGAUGCGAUCGCUUUUGAUCCUUUUGAUUUGAGCAUGGAUUUGACGCCGGAGGCGGUGGUGGAGACGGUCGAGAGGAGGGAGUACCUGCAGGCGUUGGUCAUGGCGUUUAGGCUGAAUGAGAAGGGCUUGGUGAGGAAAGUGUAUGAGGCGGUGCCGUAUGAGGAUAUCAGACUCGUUUCGAGGGAGAUGCCGCGGGUGUAUGUUGGGAGGUUGUUGGGAGUGGCGGUGGAAGGUCUGGAGGGAGGUCCGAGAUUAGAAUGGGGGUUGAGGUGGGUGAGGGAGGUGUUGGGGGCACAUGGAAGGUGGGUUAGGGAGCAUGGGGUGGAGAUGGCGAGUGUACUCAGGGAAGUGAGACGGGCUGUGGGCGAGUUUGAGGGUGCGGUCGCGGGGUUGUGUGAGGAGAAUACGGCGACGCUGAGGUAUCUUAUUGAUCAGUCAAAGGCGAAGGAGGCGGCGGGGGCGAGGAUGGAGGUGGAUGUGGUGGCGUAGGCGUUGAUUUAAAAGUAUUUUACAGUACAGUACCGUAUUAUCUACCUGCUACAUGUAUCGCUGUAUUUUUCCGUGCCCGCGGUGGAGACCGCAGCGGCUGGAGCUGAGAAGGAUGAACGAAUG